AUGAAUAAUAGGUCAACAGAAAGGACACCGUUAAGAAGUUUACAAACUAAUAUUACUCAAUUUCUACAAACAACAAAUGAGAACGCCUCAAGUGUUUCUACUACAAAAUGCAAGGAGUACAAUGAAGGAUGUUCUAAUACACCAAACGAUAAUGGAAUGCGUAUUUCAAAUGGCAGUCAAGUCAACCAAACCCCGAUAGAUGAUGUAAUUGACGUAGUCAGGCAUAGAACAUCACGAGGUAUUCAAAUUCAUCCGCGUACUUUGUUACCCCAAUUUGCUGAAGUAGUUGAUCAACCUUCACUCCAACAUGGGAGCGUAGAAGAUGAUCCUUAUAAUUUUGUUUACAAUGGUGUACCUGGAGAGCAUCGUGUUUUAAAGGAACGAGGCGCAUGUCCUAAUUGUGGAGCAAAACGAUUUCAAUUUGAAUUUGAUACCUUUUGUUGUAUGAGUGGGAAAACCGUGUUAGCAAACUUAGAAAUUCCAGAGGAAUUGUACCGACUUUUCACGUCUCAAGAUGAAAUUGGAGAUUUGUUUAGGCAAAACAUCCGUGCUUAUAACACCAAUUUUUCUUUUGCCUCAAUGGGUGUGACAUUGGAUGAUACAUUGAACAAUAUGAGAGACGGCGUAUAUACUUUUCGUGCACAUAAAGGAAUAUAUCACAGAAUCGACCAAUUAGUUCCGAGGGAUGGGACUCCUAGAAGACUUGCGGAACUAGGACCUCUGGACAACUAUAGAGUCACUUUGAAUACUUCGGUUGAACUUGACCAAAGGGUGUACAACCGACCAACGACAUCGGAGGUUGCUGGUAUUUGGGUUAAAGGUAAUGACAAUAUCACUUCGUAUAAACGAAGUAUUGUAGUGUACGGUAGGUCUGAAUAUAGACAAACUAUUCAGCCGUACUUCAGUUGUUACGAUCCAUUGUCGUAUCCUUUAUUUUUUCCUAAUGGUGAGUCGGGUUGGCAUGCUAACAUACCACGUCAAGGAGUAUCAAUCAAUGAGGUUCGCAACAAUGACAACAUCGAAGGAGAAAUGGAAGAGGCUAACACACGAAGUGGUAGAACAACCGUGGCUAUGCGAGAGUACUACUGUUACAAGUUCCAGAUUCGAUCUAGCGAUAAUGUGCUUUUGUUCGGUGGUAGGCUGCUACAGCAGUUUGUGGUUGAUGUUUACAUCAAAAUUGAGACGUCACGCUUAGAAUUUUGUGAGAGAAACCAGGAAAAAAUUCGAGCCGAAUUGUACCAAGGUAUUGUGGAUUGCGUCAAUACUGGCGAGGUUCAUGCAAACAGAGUCGGGAAAAGAAUUGUGUUGCCUGCAUCUUUCAUCGGGGGGCCUCGCGACAUGCGACGUCGGUUUCUAGAUGCGAUGACGUUAGUUCAAGACGACGGCAAGCCUGAUGUAUUCCUUACAAUGACAUGUAAUCCUAAGUGGCCUGAGAUAUGUGAUAACUUACAUGUUGGUCAAACUGCUACAGAUCGUCCAGACCUUGUUUCAAGAGUGUUCCGGGCUAAAUUAGAAGAUCUUAAGGAUCAACUCUUCAAGAAACAUGUCCUCGGGGAAGUUAAGUCAUACGUCUAUGUCAUUGAAUUUCAAAAGCGGGGUUUGCCGCACGCACAUUUUCUCCUAAUCAUGUACCCGCAACACAAGAUCAAUAACGCGGACCAUUAUGAUAAGGUUGUGUGUGCUGAAAUUCCUAACAAACUAACACAUCCCAGAUUGCAUGAGAUGGUUGUCAAGCACAUGAUUCAUGGUCCUUGCGGCAAUUUACGAUCAAGCAGUCCUUGUAUGCAGGGUGAUCCUAAAAUUUGUCGUUUUCACUAUCCUAGACAAUUUAACGAACAGACGACACAAGGAGAAGAUUCGUAUCCGUUGUAUCGAAGGAGAGACACCGGGAUAGAAGUGGACCUACGAGGACAAACACUUGAUAAUAGAUGGGUGGUCCCAUAUAACCCAAGGCUUUUGAUGAUGUUUAACUGCCACAUGAAUGUUGAAGUUUGCUCAAGUAUAAAAUCUGUGAAAUAUCUUUUCAAAUAUGUUUAUAAAGGACAUGACAAACAGGUUAUUCAAGUCGAUCAAAGUGAGCCAGGGGUUGUUAUUAAUGAGAUAAAAAGAUUUCAAGAUACACGCUACAUAUCGCCCCCAGAGGCUAUGUGGCGAAUUUUUUCCUUCUCUCUUUCUCAAAUCUUUCCUGCUGUUCUAGCCUUACAACUUCAUCUCCCAAAUAAUCAGAUGGUUAGAUUUAGAGAUGAUGACUUGAUGCCUAAUAUUGUUGAUAGGGUGUGA